GGGAAGGGCCGCGCUGGGCCUCGGCAUGGCGGCGGCCGGCGCGGGGGGCGGGAAGGUUCCGGGCCGCCUCUUGAGGACAUCAAGGAUUCUGGACCUCUGUUACUGAAAUGAAAUUACAGAAGGCAGCAGUAGCAUUGUGUUCAUUGGAUGAAACCCGAAUAUUUACUGUCGGUCAAGUGGGUGAAACCCCUAACUGCAGUUUAGAUGUGUAGGUCACUGCGUUACUGUGUUAGUCACUGUCUCUAUGCAGCAAUGACAAGGCUAGAAGAAGCAAACAGAGAAGUGAACAUGCACUCAUCAGUCAGAUACCUUGGUUAUCUUGCCCGAAUCAACCUACUGGUUGCCAUUUGCAUGGGCCUUUAUGUCAGGUGGGAAAAAACUGCAGAUGCACUGAUUUUGGUGAUAUUUAUUCUGGGGCUCUUUGUUCUUGGAAUUGCCAGCAUACUGUACUACUAUUUUUCAAUGGAAACAGCAAGCUUGAGUCUCUCCAAUCUUUGGUUUGGUUUUUUACUUGGCCUUCUCUGUUUUCUCAAUAAUUCUGCCUUCAAAACAGAUGUGAAAGAAGAAGCUACAAAAUACUUACUUCUCUCUGCUAUUGUUUUAAGGAUAUUAUGUGCUUUAGUUGAGAGGAUUUGUGGUUGUGUCUAUCAUCGACCAACUCUGCUGACAACAGUUGAAUUUUUGGAGCUAGUUGGAUUUGCAAUUGCCAGCACAACUAUGCUGGUAGAAAAAUCCGUAAGUAUUAUUCUCUUGGUCUUGGCUUUGGCCAUGUUGAUUAUUGACUUACGUAUGAAGUCUUUUUUGGCAAUUCCAAACUUGGCAAUUUUUGGAGCCAUUGCAUCCCUGCUCUUUUUUCCGUCGCUGCGAAUCCCCACGAACCCUUUUGCCUUGGCAUGUUUCUUCAGCUGCCUCAUUUCAGAUCCCCUUCUCGACGUUUACUUCAGUGGACUUUCUGUUACUGAGCGAUGGAAGCCCUACCUGUACCGUGGUAAAAUUUGCAGACGGCUUUCUGUCAUCUCAGUUGGAGUCAUUGAACUAAUCUUUUUCAUUCUUGCAGCCUUUAAACUACGUGAUUUGGAUCUCUGGUAUUUUGUGAUACCUGGUUUUUCUAUUUUUGGAAUUUUCUGGAUGAUUUGUCAUGUGAUAUUUUUUAUAACCCUUUGGGGAUUUCACACAAAAUUAAAUGACUGCCACAAGGUGUACUAUACUCACCGUGCAGAAAACAACAGCCUGGACAGAGUCAUGGCGUCUAAAGGAAUGCGUCACUUCUGUUUGAUCUCAGAACAGCUGGUAUUUUUCAGCCUUGUUGCGACUGCUGUUUUGGGAGCCGUCUCUUGGCAGCCAACCAAUGGGAUCUUCAUGAGUGCAUUUCUCAUCGUUCUGCCUUUGGAGUCCAUGGCUCAUGGGCUUUUCCAUGAACUCGGAAACUGCUUGGGAGGAACAUGUGUUGGGUAUGCUGUUGUGAUUCCCACCAACUUUUGCAGUCCUGAUGGCCAACCAACUCUUCUUCCACCUGAGCAUGUCCAAGAGUUAAAUCUGAGGUCUACGGGCAUGCUUAAUGCCAUCCAAAGAUUUUUUGCGUAUCACAUGAUUGAGACAUAUGGUUGUGACUACUCUACAAGCGGACUGACCUUUGAUACCCUUCACUCCAAGAUCAAGUCUUUUCUUGAACUUCGGACUGCAGAUGGACCCAGACAUGAUACCUACAUUCUGUAUUACAGUGGUCACUCACAUGGCACUGGUGAGUGGGCACUGGCAGGGGGUGAUGCUUUACGACUUGACACGCUGUUGGAGUGGUGGAGAGAAAAGAACGGCACUUUUUGUUCUCGACUGAUCAUUGUUUUAGACUGUGAGAACUCUCAGCCUUGGGUUAAAGAAGUAAGAAAAGUAAAUGAUCAGUAUGUUGCUGUGCAAGGAGCAGAAAUGGCCAGAGUUGUAGACAUCGAGGAAGCAGACCCUCCACAGCUUGGUGACUUCACCAGGCAAUGGGUUGAGUACAACUGUAACCCUGACAGCAACAUCAGUUGGUCUGAAAAGGGCCGCACGGUGAAAGCAUUGUACGGGGUGUCAAAGCACUGGAGCGACUACACGUUGCAUUUGCCAACGGGAAGUGAUGUUGCCAAACACUGGAUGAUGUACUUCCCACGCAUCACCUAUCCAUUAGUACAUUUGGCAAACUGGUUUUGUGGUCUCAAUCUGUUCUGGGUCUGUAAAGCGUGCUUUAGGUGUUUAAAAAGAUUGAAAAUGAGUUGGUUUCUUCCCACAGUGCUGGAUACAGGACAGGGUUUCAAACUCGUCAAAUCCUAAUCAGCAACCAAAGAGGGAAUGAAGUGGGAGCUCUGUGAACUUUCUCACUGUACCAUACUUAAACCUUUUUCUAUGACUAUUUUUCUCUGAAAAAGCCUGCUCUACUCACUUUCUUCAGCUUUUUGAGCAGCUAUAGUAUAUGCAACAGUUAAAAAUUGCAAUCUUAAACAGAAGAGGGUAAAACUAUGAUAUUUUGAAAUUUUUUUUUUUAUAUGUACAUAUGUAAGAGACUUAUUUAAUAUGACCAUGCAUUUUGGAGACAGGUUACAUGUUCAUAUGUCUUACUUAAGGCAGCCUUUGUUUAGAGACACCAGUUUAAUCGACAGGAGCUCCUGUGAGUGCUACACUAUGCUGCUCUGUCAUUUAUGUUCAUUAUACGGUUUAAAUACAGGAAAGGAACCAAGCUAAUACUGCAAUCAAUUUACAUGUCCUUGAAAUUAUGUGUUGGGGUCACUGAGCCAAAAAAAACCCAGAAUAUAUAUAUAGUUACUGUAUGUAAGUAGAUACCAAGAAGCUUUAGUUCUAUUUGCUUUUACAUCUUGUGCCCUGCCUCAGUUCUCUACUGCCAUCAGUGAAAAUUUGCCAUGGAAAAUAAGGAAAUCAGAAAACCCUCUAAUGCUCUGAUACUCCUGAGACAGUGUGUGAGUGAAGUGAGUUUUAAAAACAUUCAGUAUUACUUUCAAAGUUAAGUAUCUUGCUGGUGAUCUUUGAGCAUACACUCCCAGUAGUUAAUUAAUAUAUGGAAUAAAAACUGCACUGAGCGUUUUUCCCUCACCUGUUAGGUGAUUCUGAAUUUUCCAGGCAAGUGUUUUCUUGCUUCCAUGUUUAUCUGAGGUCUUUGGUGUGCCUCAGAUCUUGAUUUUGUGAAAUUCUGAAUGUAGAGUUGGACCAGUGUGUUCAUUAUCUAUUAAAACCACAAGUAAAGUUUGUUUGAAUGGAUUAUUUCCUUACGGGAAGAGGGAAUCCUCAGUAUUCCUUUUCUCCCACCCACAAGGUCCUGAUUUUAAUCCUUCCAGAGCUGGAUGGGACUCAAGAAAUCCUUUCCUUCAGUCGUAAAAGCUGCGUAGCUUUUUUUAUGCCAUUUUCUCAAGAAAACAAGGGAUGAAAUAACUAAGUGGCUAAGACAGUACAAUUUGUGGUGGUUUAUUUGCAUAUGUGUGUGCAAUUCAGUAGACCUACAGUUUACUUUUUUCUGUUUUCCAUCAGUAUUUUAAUAGAAGUGUUAGGGAGUAGCUGAUAUUUGUCUAAAAUAUAACUUACUAAUUUUUUUUCAAAUUUAAAUGCAUACAAGUAGUGUGUAGCUCCUUAGGUCUUUGCCAUCAUGGCUUUUUCUAAUGCCAUUUGAGCUCUUCAGCCAGCCAAGUUAGAGAAUCUGCUAACACUGAUACCCAUCAGUAACUCCCAAAAUAAAUAGAGAGCUACAACAGGCAAAGCAAUUUGUGCCCACCAACUUCAAAAUGGUGAUUUUCUCAGAUCUACAAGUGGCAGCCACUAAGACAGUGUUGUUUAGCAAGACACCACCUCCCACACCACUUUCUCUUUCUCCUUCUCCAUCCCCCCCCCCAUGAGAAGGGGAUUAAAGAAAUUAGAUAAAUUGUAUCCUAUGAAAACUCAGUGUCUUUGGGUCUUCUCUGAGUAAAUUCUGUGAUUGCAGCUCUGUCAGGGAAUCAAGAGGUGGCUGUUGUCAGUAAGGACAGAGGGUUCUCACACCAUCUGACUUCAGGUAUCCAACUUAAGUUCCUAAUGUGGGAGCCAGAGGUAGGAGAUGUCUCAUUUAAAUUCAGAUGUCCAAAAGCCAGGUAUCUGAAUCCAUGCUAGAGAGCUGAAGUGCUCCAUUAGCAAGGAGAAGUAAAUAUUUCCAGAAGAAGACUAAUUUGGUCUCUGUUCUAGGAUGAAUUUUCCUGUGAUUGAGGGCAAUACUUUGUUUGUUUGGGGUUUUGUUUUUUGGGUUUUUUUUUUUUUUUUUUUUUUUUGGGGGGGGGUGUUUAUCUUUUUGGGGUUUUGGUGUUGUUUGUUUUGUUUUGUUUUGUUUUGUUUUGUUUUGCUUUGCUUUCCUGUGCCAAAGGUCAAGCAGGCAAAUCCCUUAUGUCUCUUGAAUAACCUUAGAGCACCUCCAAGCUAUCGUCUGGAGCCUGAGCUGGGUACCUAAGCUCCUUGUUCAAGCACAUAAACUGGAUACUUGAAGUUGGGUUGAACAAGCACUCAUCAGGUUGCAGAAAAGCAGAACUGCCUGCUGCAGAAGUCACUGCCUUCCAGUUCUGGUCAUCAGCUCUUGGGUGUAGAUCCAUAAAGACUGCCUUUACAUUUGGGUUGUAAAAUCACCAUUGCUUCUACUUCUCUUUCAGUAAAAGUUCAACUGAUUGCAUCAGAAACCCUUACAACUUGAGCCUUAGAAAUUUUUAGUGAAGUCCUCAUAAACAUAAACACCUGAUAGUAACCCUGUGAACAUUUGAAGUCAAGAAGUUAGUCCUUUCUGUUCUGGAAAAGCUUUAAAUAUCAACCAUAACACUUGCCGCUAAUUAUAAUGGACAGAUAGAUCUCAAUGGGUAAAUUUCUACCUGCUACUGUUAAAUUUUUAUGGACAUCAUCUGUAUCUUUGUUUUUGAAGGGGAACAAGAAAAGUGUGGGAUUCCUGACCUCUCCUGAAUCUGUGAGCAGGAGUCCGCUAGGCAAUGCAGUGAUGGCCUUAGCUCUGGGCAGAAUAAAUGCAUCAGUCUGUCCUGUUUUGCCUCUAGAUAUUAAAUGGUUUCCAGCUUACUUAUAAAAGUUAGAUUUUUUUCCUAGGAUAGACUGUGUGAUAUUCAGCUGUUUGCUGAAAGACAGAUUAAGAGAUGAAAAAUAGAGCAAAAAUACUAUUUGUAAAACUAAUCAUGUGUCUGUAGAUUUGUUUCUAUUUUCUUAAUUAUAGACCUCUGGUUUUCUAAAUUCGAAUAGUUAUAACAUGAGCUAAGGUGUUCCUACUUCAGAUUUUGUUACUGUUUUAAACAUGGUGAAAAUGCUAACUUGAAAAAUGUUUACAGCUGUUCAAAUUAUGGGGCCUUUUUGGACAAGAGACUGUCAUGUGUUUCGAAACACUAUCAGACUAGGGCUGUGGAUGAUGAGGAAUUCAACUGCAUCAGUUCUUCCCUUCUGCACUGACUUAUAUCAGGGCAUCCUACAGUGACCCACAUAUCCAGGUGGAAUUUUUCUCCAGCUCCUGGUGCUUACAGCUCUCUGCAGGUCUCUGCCCAGCCUCGGGCAUGUGCCUGAGGGACAAACAAACACUGGGAGUUCCUGUAAUCCAAGUGAGGAGUUAUCCUUCUGCUGUUCCUGUAUAAAAGACGGGGCCUCAAAGAAGUUUAAAUCUAAUUCCAAAGAAUGUUACAUAUGCUCUCAGUUAUGUACAUGUUGUUGAGCGGUAACAUGUACAAGUUUCAGGGGAGAGAAAAACUUUUUUUCGAGGUUUGUAUCUGUACUGUAUAUUCAGACAUUUUGCCAUAAAGUUUGUUACAAACUUGUGUCACAGCAUAAUUUUAUGUUGACUUUGUUUCAUUUACUUGCUGUAUAGUAUCAGCCUUGCUGAAAUAUGCAAAUGCACUGAGUCCUACAAAUAUAAGUCCACUAAAAGGGGUUCAAAUUGCGUAUUCACAGUAAUAUUUUUCUCUGAACAAGUAUUGGGGGGGUAAAAAAGCCAUUAUUCAUUUUUGCACUACUAGAGUUAUGUAUUUGCAGUUCCUUAUGCUUUGUACGCCUUGUAGUUGUUGUCCAGUCUUCAGUUCAAGUUUUUUCCCAGAAUAUUUUUGUUUAUUUUGUAAAAGUAUAGUUAAUGCUAUGCUAGCAGUAAAGCGCCUCUGUUGCCAGCAGUAGACAAUGAAAUCAGAUAAAUUUUCUUGUUUAUCUUUUGUGGGAGGAUUUUUACUGAAUAUACGGUUUUUAGAUAUGUAAAUAGAUUUUUUUUCAGUGUAUUUGUGAUACUACUUAAAUAUAUAUUGCUGUUUUGGAUGCU